UAUGUGGCAAUUAGUUGUUGGAAGAGAAAGCCACAUAUAAGCUGUUUUCACCUUUUUUUUUGGCUCCCACGCUCUGCACAGGAGUUGACACCACUCUUUAUGUCACUAGGCACUCUAGGGUGGUUGUAACUUGUAAGCGGAGCCCAAAUAGGGGGUUCGUAUGUAUCAUCUCCUUUUAAGAUUGAUUAAAGACUUCAUUUUUUUUUUUUUUUUUUUUUUUUGGUUUGUGCUAUCUUCAGAACAAUUUGUUUCACCAAAAUGAGCACAGCACCUGGACCUUUGUCUCCAAAAUUUAUUCCUGUUGAAACAAGUGAAAUUAUUUCAGUAAGUAAAUCAGAUGGUUUUAGGUUCAGUUUUGUAUCCUAUAACAUUUUGGCUCAGGCAUAUGUAAAGAGUGCUCUGUUUCCACACUCCCCAGCGCCUUGUCUCAAGUGGAAAGCCCGUUCACAGGCAAUACUGACAGUUCUCAAGAGCCUCGGGGCCGAUUUCCUUUGCUUACAGGAAUUGGAUGAAUAUGAUAGCUUCUAUAAAAGAAAUAUAGAGAGUGUUGGUUAUUCAAGUAUCUACGCCCAAAGAAGUGGGCAGAAGCGUGACGGAUGCGGGAUCUUUUAUAAGCAGGAUUGUGCAGAGUUGGUCAUUGAAGAGAAGAUAGACUACAAUGAUCUUGUACCCUCAAUUCAAGAUGAUACUGCUUCUGUGGAUAAAGAGGCAAAUUUACCUGCUGGUGGAAGUAAAAAGUUAGAGUCAAAAGAUGUCAGUUUGAAAAACAGUCGAGCAGAUCGUGGAGACCUAAAUGAUCCUCGUGUUAGAUUAAAACGUGACUGUGUGGGUAUUAUGGCUGCCUUCAGGCUGAAGGAUCCUUGUCAGCUUAUCAUUGUCUCCAACACUCACAUUUACUGGGAUCCAGAAUUGGCCGAUGUCAAACUUGCACAAGCUAGAUACUUGCUUUCACGCUUGGCUCAAUUCAAGUUACUAGUAUCAGACAAAUUUGAUUGCUCGCCUUCUAUGGUUGUUGCCGGUGAUUUCAACUCCACUCCUGGGGAUCAGGUAUAUCAGUACCUUAUUUCAGGUUCCUCACUAGUGGGGACUCUGCCAGAGAGCUCAGAUGAUAUGCCGGUUUCAUUGUGCAGUGUAUAUGCAAGCACUAAGGGAGAACCACACUUCACGAACUGCACUCCUGGAUUUACUGGAACUCUAGAUUACAUACUAUUCUCUCCUUCAGGGGAUAUCAAACCAGUCAGCUACCUCGAACUUCCAGAGCCUGAAGCCUCAGAUGUACAAGGUGGUCUACCAAAUUAUUAUCAUCCUAGCGAUCAUCUUCCAAUUGGUGCUGAAUUUGAAAUAGUUCAAUAGAUUUGUGGUUAUAAUCCUCUGUAGCCGUCUACUGAUUUUUUUUUAUUUUUUACUUUAUUUAUUGUUUUUAUUAUUAUUUUA